CCGGUUUCCGACAUAAAUUGCAUCAUAUCCGGUUAGACAUCUGGCGGGAGUUAUUCACAUGGUACUGUUGCUGAGCAGAUAGUUCACAGUCCUUAGCUUUUACUGCCAGCGCUGGUUAAAUAAAAUAUAAAACAUGAUGGCUACAAGCGGAAAAGACGCCUGUGGAUUAAACGGCGACGAGCGAUCAGUGUCUUUAAACGGCAGCAGCGACAAGUCACACUCACUUGUCAACGGAGCAACAACGGGGGCAUCGGCUCACUCAAAGCUGCAGAACGGAGGAGGAACCGCGGCAGAAAGGUUCACAUUCAGCCCCGAGCCCACCAUUGAGGACAUUAGGCGGAUGCAAGCGGAGUUCACGGACGAGAGGGACUGGAAUCAGUUCCACCAGCCCCGCAACCUGCUCCUGGCUAUGGUCGGGGAGGUGGGAGAGGUGUCGGAGCUCUUCCAGUGGCGGGGGGAGGUGGCAGAGGGCCUGCCGGACUGGACCGAGUCCGAGCGAGAGCAGCUGGCCCAGGAGCUCAGCGACGUGAUGAUCUAUCUGGUGGAGCUCGCCGAGAAGUGUAAAGUCGAUCUACCCCAAGCAGUGCUUCGGAAAAUGGCCCUAAAUAGACUGAAAUACCCCGCUAACAAGGUGCAUGGGUCGGCCAAAAAGUACACCGAGUACAAGGACUGAAUUUUGGAGGCCAUGCCAUCAAGGGCUGCAUCUUGCUGUGACUGACUUCACUGCACUGACAACAUGAUGCAUAAUAAUUACGACCUACUACUGAACAUUUUAUCACAAUGUGUUCUGGUUUGACUAGUUUCUGUGAUACACAUUUGUUUGCCUCGUAGCCUACACGUUUAGUAGGACAGGCAUUUCGGCAAUAGUGGCUUUUAUUGAGUUACCCAUAAUCAUUGAUUAUGUUAGUUUGAGGCAGUGCAUACUCUUUAGCAGAAAAUAUGACUGUUGUGCAGUGUCUUUGGGGAGUAUUUAGAAGAAAGCGUUUUUCACUCAAGAUUUUAUAUAUUUUCUCCAGUGUAGCAGUGUGACUGAUUAGGAAGUUGAUGGAGAUGAAGCAUAAAUUAUGUUUUAACCUUCCCUGACAAGAGUAACUGUAAAUAGUUGUUUUGCUUUAUCCUCCCUUUCAAUCAUUUGAAUCAGCCCAUCUUUUGUUGUGUUCACAUUGCAUGUUACAAUUUUUUCCAAAGUAAAAGCUGCUUUAAUUCUU